AUGCCUCCAAUAUUCGAAGUUCAAGGAGAGGCAAAUCCGUUGUCGCGCCAGGCUAUCUUCAAUGCUCUAAUUUCCGCUUCAUCCAACACCCAAAUCCAGGUCCAGACAGGAGCCCAACAGCUACAAAAUUGGGAAAAGGAAGCUAGCUAUUAUACUCUCCUACAGGAUAUAUUCACUGACUACUCUGUUCCGGAUCAAGCUCGCUACCUUUCCGUCCUCCAACUUAAGAACGGCGUUGAUAAAUACUGGCAUAAGACGUCGCCCAAUGCAUUGAAACCACACAUAAAAGAACGGAUAAAAAACAGGGCUUUAGAUGCAGGGUUUGUAGAGCCGGCUGCCCAUCUUGCUCUCCACAAUGCUUUGAUGAUAGCAAAAAUACUACGCUAUGAAUUUCCUUCAGAAUGGCAAGUUUGCGGGCCCGACGCGGUCACAAAAAUCACUCAGCUACUUCGCUCUUCUAUCGAGCCCGGCGCCAACCCGUUACAUCUUUCGCGUAUUCUUUUAAUUAUUCUUCAAGUUGUCAAAGAGCUAUCUACCGGCCGGUUACAGCGGAUUCGUAAGGGAUUUCAGUCAAUGACACCGGAGCUCUUUCGCAUUCUUGCUACUGUUUACUUUCAACAAGUACAAAACGUAUUCAAUUUCUUAGAUGGAAGCCGAGUAAGUGGCGUUGAAGCUGUGGUAGUCAGUGAACAAAGCUUGGCCGCUUUGAAAAUCAUUCGUCGUUUGAUAAUAUCAGGGUAUGAGUAUCCUAACAGAGACUCUGAUGUUCAGCAAUUUUGGGAUCUCACUCUUACCCAUUUUGCAAAUUUUAUUACAAUUUCCAACCAGAAGCCUGCCAGUACGGAUCCUCGGCUUGUCUUGUCGAUCAGCAAACAUGUUCUUCAAUUGUCAAAGCUUCACAUAGCCAUGGCUAAAGAGCACCCGGCUGCAUUUGCUCUGCUCCCUCAGUGUACUGAUACGGUUAAAUUUUAUUGGUCUCUCGUUACUGAAUCGGGCAAGACAUAUGGUACUACGGAUCUUUCUCAGUUGAAAAUCGGUACCAAUGGCGAUGCCGACGGUGACGAAUGGAACCUCUCUGAGAAGUUGGCGCUAAAGGGCCUUAUAUUACUUAGGGCGUGUGCUAAACUUGCAUUUUAUCCAGCUCAGACUUUUAAAUAUCAACGUGCUGAAGAUAAGCAAGAAAGGGCAUCGGCAGUACAAGUGAUCAAAACACAGCUGUUCCAAGAAGAAUUUGUUAUUCAAGUGAUGGAGCUUCUGGUUACCCGUUUUUUUGUUUUUCGAGCCAGCGACUUGCGGGAGUGGGAAGAGGAGCCUGAAGAAUGGGAAAAGCGAGAGGAGGAAAUUUCAGAUGCCUGGGAGUUUUCAAUUCGCUCGUGUGCCGAGAAGUUAUUUCUCGAUCUCAUAAUACACUUCAAAGGACUACUGGUUCCUAAACUUUUGAACGUGUUCUAUUCUUAUGCAACCCCACAAAAUCGAGAUGUACUGCUAAAAGAUUCUCUUUACUCUGCUGUUGGGCUAGCGGCAGCGUGUUUAGAAAAACCUUUGGAUUUCAAUGCCUUUUUAUUAACUACGCUUAUCCCAGAAGUGCAAAUUCAACAGCCAGGGUACAAUAUUCUUCGCCGGAGGAUUGCUAUUCUUCUUGGCCAGUGGAUGCCAAUAAAACCGGGAGACUUGGAUAGAGAAGCUAUUUACCGCAUAUUCCAGCAUCUGCUUAACAAAGAUGACCCCCAUAAUGACCAAGUCGUAAGAGUUACAGCUGGCCGUCAGUUGAGGUCAGUCCUGGACCCUUACGAAUUUACCGCCGAAGGGUUUUUACCCUUUAUCACUCCGAUUCUACAAUACUUAAUGAGCUUAAUCCAAGAGGUCAUGUUGCCUGAGACGAAAAUGGCGCUAUUAGAGACUGUAAGGGUAGUGGUGGUGAAAAUGGAGGACCAUAUUGCCCCAUAUGCGGACCAAAUAGUCACUACACUACCUUCCUUGUGGGAGCAGUCUGGAGAUGAGCAUUUGAUGAAGCAAGCGAUAUUAACACUCCUAUCCUCAAUAAUUCACUCGAUGAAACACGAAUCUGUGAGGUACCACCCGCUGGUCCUUCCACUGAUUCAGAAAUCCGUAGAACCAGGAUCUGAAUCCCUUGUAUAUUUAUUAGAAGAGUCUCUUGAUUUAUGGUGCGCAGUACUCGCGCAAACUCCAGCCCCCGCUAGUGCACAUCUUCUUGGACUGUUUCCCACUCUAUUUCCAGUAUUUGAGAUUGGAACUGAAAGUGUUCGGCAAGCCCUUGAGGUGGUUGAAGGCUAUAUUCUUUUGGCACCUAGAGAAUUCCUAGACGGCCACGUUCGUUUUCGACUUCUUACAGCCCUAGAGCCUUUCUUGGGCCCGAACGUUCGUCCACGUGUUGGACUGGUCCCCUACCUUGCGUCGGCAUUAAUCCGGAUUGGAGAGACUUCUCCCAAUGAGGAUGAGCAGACUUAUGUGCUGAUUGCAGAAUCAUUUAUUAGUAGCCGUUUCCUACACACUUUGUUAGCCGGCCUGCACCAGGCGUAUGAGUCGAGUUUAUCCACCGGCCCAAAUAAAAGGUUUUCCGCUAUCGAUGGGGUGGCCGAGACUGAUCAUUUUUCUAUACUUGCAAGACUUGCAUACGCCAACCCAAGAGUCUUUGUUACGGCCAUCAAAGCCGUGACAGAACCCAUCUCCGAAGAAGAGACAUUCAAAUGGAUGCUAACAGAAUGGUUCUUCCACUUUGAUAGCAUCGGCGAUAUCACAAUGAAAAAACUUCACACUCUCGCGUUGACACAUCUUCUCUCCAUAAACGGACCCUCCUCACCACCCCCCACUUACCUUCUGAACCACCUUCAAUCAUAUUUGAGUAUCUGGACUGAUGUUAUCACUGAGCUUUCCGACCCCACAGCAGAUUCGGAAAAUACCCGCGGAGAUUAUCUGAUUAGUGUGAACAACAAUAAUGCAUAUAGCCCGGAAGGAAAAUUUCAGGAUAAUGAGCCACCCGAAACUACUCGCCGCCGGGCGUGGUCACUUGCCGAUCCGGUUCAUCGAAUUAAUAUACGUGAUUACAUUACUGAACACAUCCGUGCUUUGGUUGGAGCCUGCGGUGGUAUUGAUCAGUUUAAUGCAGAAUGGCUGGUCAAUGUGGAUAAGGAAGUAGUCAAUGAAUUUGCGAAACUGGGCGUUUUCUAG